AUUUAUGUGAGAUAGAUAGUUCCAAGGAGUCAAUCAUUGAACAGUUGUCCUUAUUCCGCUAAUUGGAUAUUGAAUAGAAUAUACUGGGGAAGAUUCGAAAGGCAGGGUUUUUGCUCUUUUAAAAUGUCUGCGGAGUCGGAUACUGUGGAGCGCCUCAAUAGUUACGUUAAGCUUAAUGUCGGUGGAUGCUUGUUCUAUACCACUAUUGGAACGCUUCUACGCGGUGGCACAAUGCUUACUGCAAUGUUUAGUGGUCGAAUGGAAGUUAAAACUGAUGAUGACGGCUGGGUACUUAUUGACCGUAGUGGCAAACAUUUUGGGACGAUCUUGAACUAUAUCCGAGAUGGUUCAGCCCCUCUGCCAGAAAAUAGGAAAGAGUUAGAAGAACUAGCUAUGGAAGCCAAAUAUUUCUGCGUUAAAGGUUUAUGUUUAGCAUGUGAAGAGGCGCUUGGUCGUUUGACAAAUUACGAAGACCUUCAAAAUCGCGCAACCAUUAUUAUCGUCAAAUGUCCUAAUGCAGCAAAAUCUUUGCUUUCUACUACCCGUAAGCCUGUUGUUAAACUUACAAUGAACCGGUAUAAUAACGUAUUUUCAUACACAAGUAAUUCACACGACAAUCUCUUGCGCAAUAUUGAAUGUCUGGAGAAAUAUGCUCUUAUGUUUCCUGCUACUGUGUUAUUCGUGAAGGAUGUUCGUGAUAAAAGUGAGCAGAAUGAAAUUUGUGAAUGGAGCUAUUACUGUCGGGGUCAUCGUUUGAAAAGUAUAGACUGUAUAGCUAUUCAUUACUCAUCAGAAAAGCGUCUUAUAAAGGUAGAAUUCCCAGAAUCACGUAUUCAUGAGGAAAUGCUCUCACUACUUUCAGUCGCAAGCCGAAAUUUAAGUGAUGCAGAACUUCUGGAAAUUGCCAUGCGGAAAGCGAAUUGUGUUUCAGGUUCAGCUAGUGGUGCGUUAGUCAGUUACUCUGUUCCCGGGACUACUAGCAACUCGCAGCAGGAAACAGAAGAUCAAGAUUUAGACCAAUCCUCCACCAAUACCACAACGACAGGAAGCCUUUUGAGCACUUCAAUACCACCUGCACGACCAGCUACCGCAACUGGUCUUCUAGACAACCAUGGGAAUCCACUUAGUGCUGGGAGUUCUCGGAGUUCGUUCGGAGCAUCAGUUCGCCUUGGGAGGCGCUAAUAUUUGCUCAUUACCUACUCCUUUCGAAUUGUAAAGCGCCAAAAAUGACUGCAGAUGACAAUCAACAAUAUAUAUCAUUUUUAUUUUAUCGCUGUGUGCGAGAAAACCAUUGGCUUACCUACUUAUUGCAUUACAACUUUGCUGCGUUUAUGUACACACACUUCUAGGUAAUCGAAUAAACCGGAAUUCCCGGUAAAGUGCAAUACAUGAAUGAGAAAUAUUCAGUAACCAGUGCAUAAUUUAUGCGACAAAAUACAUCAGGAAUCAAAAUGUGAUAUUGUUUUUUCUUAUUUAUGAUUUGUUCAAAAAUGAAACCCAAAGCUGGAAAAUUGUUUUUCUCAUUAAAGAUAAACACAUCAAAUCGGGACACCUUAUGUUACCUUUUGUAGAUGUUACGCCUUCUUUAUUCUGUUAAAGUUAUGCAUCUAUCCGAUUUUCCUAUAAAUUACUCGAGUGAACUGUGCCAGCACGUUAAGGUACAGGCUAUACUCCAAUGAAAUUACUAUGUAUUGAGCAUCUUUACAGAAAAAUGCUACUAAUCAUAACUAUUGUAACUGUACAAGAUCUCCUUUACCCAACAGACGAUAAAUUGUAAUUACCAAAAAUAAAAAAUUUUCACAGAA